CUCCCCCCAUCCCCCGAAAUGGAAUCGUCCAACAUCUCCUCAGAAACGCGAAUAUGUAAAAGAUUUGAAGACCCGAAACGCUGCUCCUCCUCAGCAUCGGCAAACGGCGCUGCAGCUUCAGAAGAGAACAUGGAGGGUCAACAACUAAAGGAUCCCCCGAAUAAGGUGUCUCUAAUAAAAGAUGAGUUGAGUCGGAGCUCCAUGGAGGCCAGUGAGUCGGAAAAGGUGAUUCAGCACCUGAACCAAGAGCUAAAGGAAGCCCAUGACCAGGCCACUGCGGGAAAACAGAAGUGUGUAGAGCUGCAAGGACUUCUUGAGGAGGAGAAGAAGGCCAGCAAGCAGCAGGCAGAGGAGUCAGCGAAGCAGAUGAAAAUCCUGCAAACUCAGCUUCAGAAAUUACAGGAUGACAUGGAACAUCUCAGAGAUCAGAAGGACAGUACCAUCUUCAGUAUGAGACAGGAAGCGCAUGCAGCUCAAGAAGAGGUACAGGUGUUGCGCCGCACCAUGGAGAAGACAGCAGCUGAGAGGGACCACGAGGUUAGCGCCCUAAAGGGCAACCUAGCAACACUGACCACUGAGCUGGAGAAAUGGCAGCUGGCGGCAAAUAAGUAUGAGCGUGAGAUUGACAGCCUGCAAGCCACUCACCAGCAGCAGAACCAGCAGAGGGACAAAGCUGCUAAACAGCAAGCGAUUGAGCUGGAGAAGGUGCAGCGGGACUGUGAGAGCCUGCAGAGGGAGUGUGUGUCUCUCAGGUCAGAGAGAGAGCAUCUGUCUGUGCAGCAGCAAAAGGAGAAGAGCAGCCUGCAGAGCGAAUGCAGCACCCUGCGCACUGAGAAGGACCAACUCAUGAGGAAACUGCAGCAGCUGGAGAAAGAACUGUGCAGCUGUAAGGACCAGAGCUCGGAUCUCACCAGUACAGUGCAGGUCCUGGAGAAGACACAAGUUGACCUGCAAACGCGGCUGAGCGCUCUGCAGGACGAGCACCAGAGAGACACCAGCCAGUUAAACAGCCAGCUGGAGCAGAGUAGCAGCAGGACCAAAGAGCUGCAAAAAGAGUACGAGGAGACACAGGCUGAGCUGUCAGGCCUGAGGGAGAGGUGUGAGCAGGCAGAGCAGGAGAAGCAUUCUCUCGGCUUGGAGCUGAAGCAGUGCCAAGCCACUCUGAAAGCUCUGCAGGAGAAAAGCAACCAAGAAAGAUGGAUCAGGUGGAUGCCUGUCGCUGUUGUAACGGUUGCCGUGACAGCCUACAUGCUUACAAAGACCUCAACUUGAGCACCUGGCAUGAUGAACCAGUAAACACAUGCAUACACGCACAUUUUCAAUAAUAUACUGAUGUUUUGCCCUCUUGUUUUAAGAGGUGCCCUACGUGUGAAUUUGUGUAACUUGUACUUGCAAUAUUAAAGGCUAGCGGCCUUAGAUUAAUUAUGUAGGGUGUCAAGUCCAUAUCAGAUCCAAUUUGAAGCUGCUGCAGCAUUUAGGUAUGAACAAAAACUCUAUUAUUGUAGGGUUUUAGUGUAUCAGUAAAACUGCUGUUUUUUCCUUAUUGCAAAAAAGUGAUUUUAUUAUUUGGUUUGUUUUGCCAAACAAGUAUGUACUGUAGUAAUUUGCCUUACCAAUCUGUUACUCACACAGAGGUCAACCCAUUCAUUAAUGCAGUGAUUCUCAAACCUGUCCUCAGUGCCCACCUGACACUGUCCAUGUUUUAGCUCCAAUUUAAUUUGUACAAAUAAGGGAAGAAUAUGGACCAUGUGUAUGGCCCUAAAGACCAGUUUGAGAACCACUUUUCACUUUUCAAGUGUUACCAUGAAAAUUAAGCUUAUUUUAGUAGUUCACAGAAUAAAAGCAAUAAUGCAUUUGAAACAUUAACUCACAUAUGAAAUCACACUCGAUAUGUAGAUGCCUCUGUUUUGUCUCCUGCAUCCUCAUGUAGUGUUUGUGCGGUUGCCAAUUCUGACCUCUGUCUGAAUUUUUCAAUAUAGACGUGAAAGCGUUGUCUAUGCACUGUACAUUAUUGUUCUAAGGCUUUAAGUUAUUGACAACUACUACACAGGAAGUUUAAAAAUAAAGAGCACUAACUUGUCUCAGAGAGACUCUUAACACAGUCACUAAUUUGUUUGUUACUUGUACAGAGAUUUACUGAAAACCAAAAUAAUAAAAAGCAAAAACAAAUAAAAAAAAAAACCUGAAAACAA